AUGAAAGUGAAAAUUCUUUGUUUUAAGGUGCCUGUGUCAGUGUGCAGUGAGAGCUGUCCCCCAGGCACUCGGAAAGCUGUGCAGAGAGGAAGGCCUGUCUGCUGCUAUGACUGUGUGCCCUGUUCCGAGGGAGAAAUCAGCAAUACAACUGAUUCGAUCAACUGCAUCCCAUGUCCAGAGGAAUUCUGGUCAAAUGAACAAAGGAAUCAAUGUAUCUUGAAGAUAACAGAAUUCCUGAAUUUUGAAGAAAUAAUGGGGAUAGUGUUGCUGAUAUUUUCAUUACUUGGUGCUACUUUAACUGUAGGUGUAGCACUAAUAUUCUUUAUGCACAAAGACACUCCCAUUGUGAAAGCAAACAACUCAGAGUUGAGCUUCCUGCUGCUCUUUUCAUUGAAACUGUGUUUCCUUUGCUCUCUUACCUUCAUUGGUCGGCCCUCUGAGUGGUCCUGUAUGCUACGCCACACUGCAUUUGGGAUCACCUUUGUCCUCUGCAUCUCUUGUGUUCUAGGGAAAACAAUAGUGGUGUUAAUGGCCUUCAGGGCUACACUUCCAGGCAGUAAUAAUGAAGUGGUUUGGGCCUCUGCAGCAGAGACUGAGUGUUCUUGCUUUCAUCUCAUACAGGUUCUUAUUUGUGUGCUUUGGUUAACAAUAUCCCCUCCUUUCCCCACCAAGAACAUGAAGCACUUCAAAGAAAAGAUCAUUCUAGAAUGUGAUGUAGGAUCAGCAGUGGGAUUCUGGGCUGUGCUGGGUUAUAUUGGGCUCCUCUCUAUAUUGUGUUUUGUUUUAGCUUUUCUGGCUCGUAAGCUGCCUGAUAACUUCAAUGAAGCCAAAUUCAUCACAUUCAGCAUGCUCAUAUUCUGUGCAGUCUGGAUCACCUUUAUACCAGCUUAUGUCAGCUCACCUGGGAAGUUCACUGUAGCUGUGGAGAUCUUUGCUAUUUUAGCAUCCAGCUAUGGAAUGCUUUUCUGUAUUUUUGCUCCAAAAUGUUACAUUAUUUUGGUGACACCAGAGAAGAAUACAAAAAGGCACAUGAUGGGAAAGAUACCACUAAAAUAACUCUAAACCCAAAACAAUCAAUCCACCACAACUAUGAACCUAAUUAGAUUUACUGUGCACCCGCUAAAUGUAAUAAUCAUAUGAUCCUUAACAAUACCAAUCCAUACUAUUUGUACUAUCCUAAAUGGUACAUAAAUUACAUGUGAUUUACAUAGGAAACAAACCAUAUCUAAACGUUUCAGUGUCAGGUUACAUACAACUAUGACUGUAAGAGACCAUAAGGGAAAUCAGGGGGCUGUAGGAGGGUUCCACAACAACACAAUAACAACCAUCAGCAUAUAGCAAAUGUGAAAUGCAUACCCAUAGUGGUGCUACCGGAGUGCUUCAAAGUUUAAAAGGAAAAAAAAAAAAUUAAAAAACAGUGUGUCACUAAUUAAUACUACAACAAAUUUAUCAUAGGUCCAAUCUACACCAAAAUAGCUCACAGGCAUCACAGCAUACCGUUCUGCAAAUGAUAGAUAAUGUUUUUUUGGUUAGAAAUUCUUGGAGUUCUGAAUGAAAAUGGAAAAAUGAAUACUGUUCUGCUAGGAGAAACAGUAAUAUCUAACUUCUGCAUUGUCCAAUCAUCAUGAAAAAACACUGACAGGAGAAGCACGUAUCUCUAAAUAACUGAGUCAAAUUUCAGAAUAAUAGCCUAACUCACAUUUUUUAAUUGACACAUUUUUUUUUAAUUGAUCUGAAUGAUCUCCAUUGAAGUCAAUGUGAAAAGUCAACAUAUUUACAUGUCUUCCCUAACAAAACUCUCAUCGAGCUCCCCUGUAGCUAUACUAAGCAAAAGAAACUGUUCCAUCAUGGGACCAAUUUGUUUACUAACUUUACACGUGCUAUCGUUCUGCAACAUUACAAGUUAAAUGUACGUAGUCUAUGUACUUUCCUGCGACGGCAAGCAAAGCACAGCUUUCCACCUCCAGCAUGGAUGGAAGACAAGCACGAAACAGUCCAGACCCAUGGCGCAUGCAUCCGACUAAACAUCCCUCUCGGAUCGUCGUGACCACAAUUUGCCAUGCAUAGCCCACGGCGGCAGUUCUUGCGUGCCGUGGGAAAAACCAGGACAGAGCCCGGGUUUUUCUACAAACAGUGCAACUGAGAUCCAAAGCACGGAACCAUCUGCGCUCCCGCAAUAAGACUGUCAAACAUCAAGGCAUUAACUAGCUUAGGAAACUGCUGUUUGUUCUUGGUUUUCAAAAAAAUUGUAGGUAAUGUUGUGUUCAGAUUAUAUCAUGUUGCUUGUUUGUUAGCUACAGCCGCCAAGCCCACACAGCUAACUCUAUUACCAACAGUACCUUACAACCCACCUUCCUUUAAAUCGAGAUCUGUGCAUGUGUUCUCCCUUGCACUAAUAUAUACUCAGUUGAUAUUUGGUCUUGUAUAUUUACAAUGCAACGGUACACUGAGAUUAGCUAGAUGUAGCUAACUUCGGUAGCCACUAGUAUUCCAUUCCCCUGAUCUCCAGCCAUAUUUCACACCACAUGCUAAAAGUGGAUUCAUAAUUCACUCCAAAAAAAGAGCCAUUGUUCUCUCAGGCACCACAUGUGCUGGUUAACACAGACGUGGCUAGACACACACAUGCAACAUGCUACCCCCUUUCAUAUCCUCUCUUAUUUAGCCUUUAAUGAUUAUA